AUGGUGUUUCUUGGAUUUUUACCAAUUGAUGAGUUUUAUAUGUAUGAAUUUUUGCGUGUUUGGAAAUGGAAUAAUGGAAGUUCUCCAGGAUUUAUAAUGAACUACUACGACAACAAUAUGGGCGUGGGAGAGGAUAGAAUUAGUAAACUGCCUGAUCCAUUAGUUCGUCAUAUGCUGUCAUUUCUUCCAACCAAAUGCGCUGUUUCCACCAGCAUUUUAUCGAAAAGAUGGAAAAAUGUCUGGGUAUCUAUUCCAGUUCUUGAUGUUCUCGACAUGGGACCUCCUAGAAUCAUUUUAACAGGAUGGAGAUAUUAUGUUGAACAAGCCACUAUCAUGGAGACGAAUAAGUUCAUGGAUCAUUUUAUGGAUAGGGUAUUAAUUCAACGCAAUAUGUUGAACAUAAAGAAGUUUUGUCUCAAUUGUGAAAAUGGGUAUUUCGAUCAUAAGCGAGUGAAUGCAUGGAUCACUACAGCGAUCAAAUGUGAAGUCGAAGAGUUUGUUUUUUAUGGGUGUGGCUCAUGCCGAAGCAAUGACAAGAUGAUUCCUGAAUCCCUUUUCACUUGUGAAUCGUUAACUACGUUAGACUUUCAGUUUCCAGAACUAUAUUAUCGGCUUGAGCUUCCAGAGUCAAUUUCUCUUCCAAGACUUAAGAUCCUUCGGCUUACGAAUAUUACAUAUGAUGAUGAGAAAUUGGCAAGGAAGCUCUUUUCUAGUUGCCGAGUACUUGAAGAAUUGUGUUUGACCAAUUGUUGCUGGCAGUUAGAUUUAUGUGUUUCAGCUCCUAGAUUGAAGUCCUUCACAGUAGCCAAUUGUAUGACAAGUAAUAUGGAAGAUGCCAAGAUCAAGAUUGAUGCCCCAAAUCUUAUGUCCUUCACUUUCUGUGAUUGGCUGCCGGAAGAUUUGGUUGUGGAUAGUUUUCCAUUGCUACAGGAUGCAGAUAUAUGCUUUGAAAGCGAGUCCGGCGUCAUAGACAAAAGAUCUGGUCCUUUAUCUAAGUUUAUAGAGAAAUUCUGCUAUAUAAAGUUCUUGAAAAUCUCAGGUGCUAACUUUAAGGUCAAUUUUACUGGCAACGGCGGUGCGAACGUUUCAACAUUUAAGGUAGUACCUCAUUGUUUGGUGGUAAGCCUCAAGUCAAUCGAAAUUCAGAAGUUCACUGGGUACCUGGAGAUGGUUAAUUUUGUUUUGAAGCAUGGCAGAGUUCUUCAAAUGGUCAUUAUUGAAACUUAUUAUUCUGUGGAUCUUAUGGAUCGACGCUACAGUUAUUGUGUGGAUCCUAUGGAUCGGCUGUACAACAAGAAGCGCUAUAACAAGAAAAAUAUGGAAGCCAAGCGGGUUGAAGCUUUAAAUAAGUCUUCCGACGACCAUCUUAAGAAAAACUCCAUGGGCUUCACCCGGCUGUGCCAUUAA